GGUUGCCUAACAACGCAGCCUCCAAUCAGAGUGAGGUUUGGUUUGUGGUCAGCUGAGGACUGGACUUUAAAAACACAAGCAGCUGCUGCAGAGCUUCAGCUUCAGCCUCAGCGUCGGCUCAUCUCUGUCCUGCCGCCGCUGGCUCGUUCAAAACAGAUCGGGGGGAGACUCGAGCUUCGUUUUUCACCUGAAACACGAUGACAGCUGGACCGGAAGCUGCUGCCUCUGCCCGAGGAGCCAGCUGUUAGUUUGCCAACAUCACGUAUAACUCGACAACACACGGACCUGACACGUUUCACACCGCACCCGGCUCUGUUCCAGUGAGAGGCUCUGAUCCACUGCCUGGCUGAUAAUCCACCUCCUGGUUGAUAACUCGUGAUCUCACAUCCCUGUGUCCUGAUGUGUCGGUGACAUGGGAGAGUGGUGGACAAGUGUGCCAACAGAGACAUCUAUAGGAAACUAUGACAUCUCAAGCAUAUCACAUGUGACAAUGUCACCCUCCAGACAGAACAACCUCAUGUCAAUGUACCCCUCUUUGCCCCUGUCAAAAAGCUCCUACAAUGUGAUUAGUGCCUUUUGCACAGAGGAUAACACCCCUCAGUGCAUUCUAUACAUUAACCAGGAGCUCUCCUCACUGGGCCUCUCUUCCACAUGUAUCGAGGCCAGCUCACCGGGGGGAGUCAUUCUGAGCACAGUGCCAGCUUUGAACGCCAUGUAUGAGCUGCUGCAGAUUCACAGACGAAAUAUGGGCACUUUAGAGGAGCUGGAGAGAGAACAGCUGAAGAAAUCCAGCAACUUGGAGCACAUGCAGAUGAACAAUUCCAGACUGAAGGAUCAGCUGGAACUGUCCAUAAGGGAGAAGUCGGGUCUACAUGAGACGGAGAGGCAGCUUCAACUCAAAAUCAAGACUUUGCAGAGCUGCUUGAAAACUGAGAAAGAUGAGGUUCAGAAACUCCAAAGUAUCAUUGCCAGCCGUGCUUCUCAGUACAGUCAUGAUGCCAAGAGGAAAGAGAGAGAAGCUGCUAAGCUAAAGGAACGGGUCAGCCAGCUACUGGUCGACAGAAAGGAUAAAAAACUAGCUAUUGAUGUGCUGAAUUGCUUGGGACGGGCGGAUGGAAAAAGGAGCCACUGGAAAACUGCAAAAGUGACUGCCAGCCAUGAGGGGGAGAUGUACAAGUCCUUGCUCAGCGACUAUGAGGCGAGUCAGAAGUCCUUGAUGUUAGAGAAUGCUGAGCUUAAGAAAGUACUCCAGCAGAUGAAGAAGGAGAUGAUGCACAUCCUGAGUCCGCGCCAGUCCAGAGGAGCCACUGCUGAGGACAGCCACGAGCAGGCUGAUUCAGAUGGGGAGGAGAAGAUGGGGGACUGCAGCAGGGAAGCACUGGACCAAUCCUGUGAGCAUGCAAAGGAGCAGCUCACCAACAGCAUUCGCCAACAGUGGCGGAAACUUAGGAGCCACAUGGAGAAGUUGGACAGCCAAGCAACUCAAGUUCAAAACCAACUGGAGUCCAAUAAAGAGGUGAUACCAAGGGAGAGGCACGAGCAUGAGAUGGAGAAGAUGAGGUGUGAAGUCCAGCAAUGCAAAGAGUUCAUUCAUGCACAGCAACAACUCCUCCAGCAACAACUGAACACAUCAUUUGACGACGAGACCGCAGCUCUUCUCAAUGAUUGCUACACGUUGGAGGAGAAGGAGCGUCUCAAGGAGGAGUGGCGGCUCUUUGAGGAACAGAAGAGAAACUUUGAGAGGGAGAGAAAGAACUUCACAGACGCUGCUAUUCGCUUGGGGCGAGAGAAAAAGGCCUUUGAGGAAGACCGUGCCUCUUGGCUCAAGAAUCAGUUUUUGAACAUGACUCCCUUUAUCGAUCGUAGAAGAUGUUCCUCGUCUGAUGGUCAAAGUGCCUUAUCAAUCAGAAGUGAGCCAGAGAUGAGAAUGUCUUCCACUAAAGCUGAACUGACCAAAUCAUCAACCUACGCUACAUUCUCCACUCCUAAACCCACACACAGUGCUGCUGUGCCAUCCACAACUGAACUUUACCGGACACUCCGUCUAAUACCAGACGGCAGCUCCAGAAAUUCAAAUCGAGGCCGCAGGCAUGAGUGCAGCUCCAUCGAAGACGGAGAUACUCGCACAAAGUCAAAACACAGAGUUCGAUGUGGAGACCUGAGUAUCUUCUCUCUGGGUGAAGAUGAAAACAACCUCACUUAAAGAACAAACCUGUGCCUUUUUUUUUAAAGAGAAGAAAAUGUGACUCUGCGGUCGACUGGAGCAUCAAUCAUGGCUGAUUUAUUGCAACAUUGUAUUUUUGUCGCUUUUUUAUGGACGUGCACAAAUCAUUAAUUCACCAAAGCUGAUCAAACAAGAACGCACUUUAAUGAAGCUGCCAUUGUUUUUUUUACAAACAGAGCAACACUGGCAAUUCUACGGUGGCAGAUGAGUCGCACGCAAGCACAUGAAGGGAAAACACCAAUACAAACGCCACAUUGAAAUGCAAAAGCCACACUAUGGAAACACAAAAGAAGUGAAACAAGGAAAAGAGUGACUUUUCACUGCGAUAAAACCUGUUCAAGACAGUCACUCAUCUCAUCACUCGCUGGUUGUGUUGUGGCUUUUGUACUUGUGUCGCACGCCUUUGUCGUAGAGUUGCGGCUUUUGCUUUUUUGUUUUCCAAUAAUGUGCAUGUGUGAGACAUCUCAGCCGUCACACAAUUCAGACGUUAAGCUACAUUCAGAGGGGGAGGGUAUCUACCGAGUAGAGAUUGUUGAGCAUGUGGAGUUGUUGAUAUCUUCUACAUAUUGGAUGAUAUGAAAUGUUAAGUUUGUUUCAAUGGAACUUUAAUGUAUAAAUUAUGAGUUUUAAUUGGAGCACGCGUGUGAUCUGCUGGUCUGAGUACAGCACAAUAAAGAGAUUUCUAAUUCAAAGUGCU